AUGAAUAUAUCAUCCAACAGUAUAGAUAAUACAAAAAGUAUACCAAAUAAUACUCUUUUCGUACUAUAUAUAUAUAAUAUUCUAACUAUUAAUAUUAUAUCUACUAUUUCAUAUACGGCUUUAUUUAAAUACUGCAUUCUUUAUCUUUUUCUCAUGUUAUAUCUCUUCAUUUACUAUCUUUAUCGUUACCACUUAUUAUUAUUCUUUUAUACUUUGCUUCGUUUGCAUGCAUUUCCUUUCUUUUUUCUACUAUUUUAUACUUUCUCUUUACUUAUUUAUGGUUUUACAAUUCUCCUGUUUUUUUGCUAUCCUUCUUGCUUAUAA